GAGCCGGUGCGCACGGAGGGCGCCGACUCGCGCGCGCUGGUGAGGACGGAGGGCGCAGCGGGCCCGUCUGAGGGCCUUCACGUGGCCAAGGGUGCCCGGCUGGUGGCUGUGCCGUCCGCCUCCGACUCCAGCUUCGGCUCGGCAGGAACCAUGGAGAGGGCGUGGCAUCAGGCGAACUCCUGCGAGGUACUCAGCCGGGAGGGGCAGCCUGGCACGGCGCCCAUGAAGAUGCUUUUCUCCGGCUAUCGCGCCAGCCUCAAGACCAAGGCCGCCGAGACCCUUGCCCAGCUGGCGACGCUGGAGGAUGCCGAGAAGACGGUUGAGGAGCGGCGCACCUUCUUGUACAACCAGGUGGUGACCAGCUACCACAAGGCUAAGAUCGAGCGAGCCGGCUUGGCUCGCGAGCUGGAGGCUGUCAAGGUUGAGGCCGCCAAGGUCCCGCAGCUGGAGUCGGAUCUCCGAGCCGCUCGCGCGCAGUGCGCCGAGAGCGAGGAGGCGGGCCGAUCUGCCGCAGCCAAGCUCAAGCUGGCUGAGCAGGAGCUGACACGGCUGCGCCUGCUGGAGAAGAACCACAUCACCGAGCUCAACUCCCUCAGGACGGCGGAGAAGGAGAAGGUGGAUGAUCUGAGCCGGCGGCUGUCGGAGGUGGAGAAGCAGCGGCUUGUGCUGCAGGAGGAGGUCACCGCCAAGUCUACGGAGCUGACGGCUACCGCCAAGCGUUGGACCGACGAUUUCAGCGCGCUUGAUCGCGGCUUGGCGGCGGCCUUCCCGGAGACGCAGGAGGCGGCUUUGGCAGCCGUUGGCGUCGCACGCGAUUCCAGGAGGCGGGAAACCGGCGAGGGCAGCUCGGAGUACUUCUCCAUGGAGGACCAUCUGGCGUCCAUGGCUGCCCGCAUCGAGCCCGUCACCAAGCUCGGCUGGGAGCUGCGGAAGGCGGCCGAAGAGCUGGUGCCCAUGCUGUGGCCUGGGGAGGCGGCGCCGCAAGACAUCUCCGGCCUCAUCUCUUCGAUGGAGCGGGCGCCGGACCGCUUCCUCGACUGGAAGGAGUCGGCCACGCGCGCCGGCGCCGACAUGGCGCUGUCCUUCGUCCUCUCCUGGUACAACGAGGUGGACCUGGGGCAGCUUGAGUUCCGGCGAGCUGGCGUGGAGGACAAGCUCCCGGCCGAGCUCAAGGCCGCCCGCCUUGCUCGAGCCAGCACCAUCGCCGGCUUCGUCGACAAGGCCCUCUUCGUCGCGGACCCGAACCCUCCUCCAUCCGAUGAAGAAUACAUGGAUGAUGAGGAGGCGGAAGACGUGCCUGAGGACGACCCGGCCGCCGGCUCCACUGAUGCCCCUCCGGCUUAGAUUUCCUGCUUUUCAGUUGUUCUUUUGCAAGACAGUUUAUUAAAUCCCCGGGAUGCCGGGUGCAGAUGUAAGACAAUAUUAUCGCCUUUUAAUUAUGCCACACUUUAAUGUGUUUGUUAACCAAUUAUGUGCCGAGUUGCUUUCUUUCGACUCGUUCGCUUUUUCCCAUCCGCCCCACUCUUUGGCUGUGCCCUUGCCGGUCGUACGUCCGACUUGCGGUCCGUCGCCGGGUCAAGAGCGGGCCGCUGGGUGAGGCCGAUAGUAUUUCAGUCGAACGGGCUAAAUUCGGCAAUCCGGCACUUAUGGGAAAAGUUGCAAGUCAACUCGCUUUUACUCUUUCCCUUAGUCGUUUUUCGCGUGCCGGCUCACUAGGCCUUACUCCCGCCAGCCGGACAGCCGGGUUGCGGUCUGUAGCUGGUCGGAAGCCGGCUGUCGGAAACCGGAUCACGUUACUGAGCCGACCGCGUGAGAGGGUUCAAGCCAAUUGGCGAAACAAGGUAAAGUAUGCGAAAAACUUGUCGGAAACGGCGCUCUUGGCGCGAGCUUUUUCAUAACUCACAAAGGGGAUACAAGGGAUACAUACAUUCCUGCUCUCAUGCGUAAAAUGGGCGGAGUAACCUGACAUUCCAGGGACGUUUAGUCUCCUCGUCAGCCUUGUCCGGCUUGUUUUUCUUAGCCUCUUGGGCAUCUAUGAG